AAAGGUCAGAAAAAAAUCAUUAGACCAUGCCAGUCUGCUGUUAACAACAAUCAAAAAAUGUCAAGAGAAAACGCAAGCAGCAAAACCACGGGAAAAGACCACAGCAAUGGAAAGGGCUUAAGGGUUGCACAUAAUAUAAAGAACAACUGGAGCAGAAAAAUAGAAGGUGGAAGCAAUGAAAACCUACCCAUGUUUAAACUCAAUCUGGAUGAAACAUGGCAGAACAGCGAUGGGUUCUGCAGAAGAAGCACAUUUGGGGACAACAUCACAAAAGGGAAUAAGACCAUUAUGAUGAUCGGAGCCACAGGUGCAGGAAAAACCACUCUAAUUAACAGCAUGAUCAACUACAUUCUGGGAGUGCAAUGGAAAGAUGACUUCCGGUUUGUGCUAAUAGAUGAAGGGAAGCAGAAAUCUCAGGCUGAAAGUCAGACGUCAGAAAUCACAGCUUAUCAAAUUAAUUACAUGGAUGGUUUCCGGGUCCCAUAUUCUCUGACCAUUGUGGAUACACCAGGCUUUGGUGACACCAGAGGAAUUGCACAUGACCAGAAAAUCACAGCACAGAUUCAUGAGUUCUUCUCUGCCCGUGGAGGGUUCGACUGCAUUGAUGCUGUGUGUUUUGUAGUACAGGCUUCACUUGCCCGUCUAACACACACACAGAAAUAUGUAUUUGACUCCAUUCUUUCCAUAUUUGGGAAGGACAUUGCGCAAAACAUCCUUGUGCUGGUCACCUUUGCAGAUGGGAAAACACCUCCUGUUCUGGAGGCCAUCAAAGUCGCUGAGGUGCCCUGCUCUACCAAUGAGUCUGAAGAGCCUCUUCACUUCAAGUUCAACAACUCUGCUCUGUUUGCUACCAAUAGCACAUCUUCAGAUGAUGAGGAGUCUGACUGUGAAAACUUUGAUGAAAUGUUCUGGAAGUUGGGUUUUUCCAGCAUGAAGAAGUUCUUCACAUCCCUUAACACGAUGAAAACCCAGAGCUUGUCUCUCACACAGGAGGUCUUAAAAGAGCGGCAGCAGCUAGAAGUGCAGGUGCAGGGUCUCCAGCCCCAAAUCAAUGCUGAUCUGACAAAACUGGAUGAAAUCAAGAAAACCACAGCUGCUUUGGAGCAGCACAAGGCGGAAAUGGAUGCAAACAAGGAUUUUGAAUAUGAAUUAGAAGUAACUGUCCCAAAACAGAUUGAAAACAACACUAGCUACUACUUAACCAACUGCCAAAAAUGUCACUUCACAUGUCAUGACACAUGUGCUUAUGGAAAUGACAGUGAUAAAUAUAAGUGCUGGGCCAUGAAAGAUGGAAAGUGUACGGUCUGUCCUGGAAAGUGUGCCUGGAAUGUGCACUUUAAUCAGAAAUACAAAUGGGAUUAUGUUCCAGAAAAGAGAACGGAAACUUAUCAGGAAUUAAAAAAGCGAUUUGAGGAUGCACAUGGACAGGUCAUGUCAAAAGAAAAGAUCUUCGAAGAGCUUGAAAAGGAGUUUCAGGUUGUCCAGGAUAUUGUGGCCGCACUAAUAAAGGGAUCUCAAAAGUCCUUGGAGCGGCUUCAGGAAAUUGCCCUCAAACCCAAUCCUCUGUCCACCCCUGACUACAUUGAUCUGAUGAUUGAGUCUGAGAAACAAGAGGCUAAGUCUGGAUUUCAAGAUCGCAUUCAGUCUUUAAGAGAAGUCAGGAAGAAGGCAGAGAUCAUCAGUAAGGUUUCCAUAGGAGGAGUGCUUCCAGAUGAUUGGAAUUAUUACAAACCUGAAGCAAGAAAAAAAGGAGUAUCCUUUGAUCCAAGGGUCCUGCUCAAUAAUGCAGUGAAUUAUUUCAGGAAAAAAUUAGCAGGAAAUUAA